AUGGCCGCCUGCACGCACGGUGCAGGGUCGCCCGGCCGCGAGCACGCACGAGCUAGGCGAGAGCUCUCGGUCCCCGUGUCAGCCGGGACGCGGCGAAGGGCGCGGCCCAGAGGCCUCGGCGACCUCCGUGCUCCGGUGCUGGCUGGGUCGGCCGUUGUCGCCUUCGGGCUGUGGCUGCGCUUCGGCGGGGUCAUGGGCAACAUCGCAUCGGAGCAGAAGUCCCCGGAGUACAUCUACAUGGGGCUGUACGUGCUGGUGGGCGCCGGGGCGCUGAUGAUGAUGGUCGGGUUCUUCGGGUGCUGCGGAGCCGUGCGGGAGUCCCAGUGCCUGCUCGGAGCGUUCUUUGCCUGCUUGCUGGUGAUCUUUGCUGCCGAAGUCACGUCCGGUGUGUUCGCCUUCCUAGGCAAGAACGUGGCAAUACAAGAAGUCCAGGCCAUCUACAAAGAUGCUUAUGACGCCUACAUGAAGAACCCAGGAGAGAAAAACAGAACUCUCCAGCUCCUGCACUCGUCUUUUCAGUGCUGUGGUAAAGGCAAAGACAGUGAGGAUCAGGUGAAACCCACCUGUCCAGAGGGCAUCCAUCUGCCCAAGAACUGCCUGGAGGAAAUCCAGAGCGUAACGAACUCGCAUCUGCACUUAGUUGGAAUCGUUGGGAUUGCAAUUGCUGGCGUCACAAUCUUUGGCAUGAUAUUCAGCAUGGUUCUCUGUUGUGCAAUCCGCAAUACAAGAGACACGCUCUAAACUCUUGCUGCAAACUUCUAUGCUGCAGGACUCCCGGACUAAACUUUACAAGAAGCGUUCUCCUACCCAGCCUAAUAAUUUCAGUACAUAUUUAAUUACCGUGUUUAACAAAGUGAGAGAAAAUUACUCCGCUUAGGUGAGCCUGUGAAACCAAUUAAUUCUGUUUAAAUUUGUGAGUCAGAAAACUGAAAUGAGCAAAAUGAGGGUUUAAAAUGUUCCGUUUUAAAUGGGAAGGCCAAGGUGGCAUCUUCAACUUACGAUUUUCGGUAUGCUUGCACGUGCGUGGCGGAGUGCCCGCACAGACGUGUAUAUCACGUGGGGGCAGCGUGGCUCUCCAUGCAGAAGUUUCAGCGUGCACAAGCACAGUGCCUGGUGUGACUGAGGGCAUGCACACACGCACGCACACACGCACGCACGCAGAGGGGCUACAUUUGUGCACACGUUUGCUCGCGCGUUCUGGCACGGUCCCUCCUGUAGCACAUGCAGCCGUGGGCAAAUACAGCUGGAGCCAUUUCCACAGCAAACUCCUCUUUGCCAACCGUCGCGGUAGGAGCAAGCUUCAUCUUUUAAAUAUGACCUUUAAUCCAGUUUCUACUAAUCUCCCCCAGAUUUCAAGGGAAUUAAUAAAUUUGACUUAAAUGAGCUAAA